CUGCACUCACGCCAUCUACUUUCCAGAUUCUGAACUAAAAUAAAACGUGCCCAGAAGAUGUUUUUCUUGAGAAUGUAAACAAACGAAAGAAAACUACGAGGACCGAGGUGAUUCUGUGGACUGGGCAAAACAUAAAUUAUCUGAAUAAAUAGCGGAAUAUAUUUGAAGAUGGAGAUUGGGUCUUCAAAAAUCUACCAUGAUUUACCCAAUGUCAUUUGUGAGCGUUCAUCAUCCUUGAUAGAUCUUCCAGCACAAAAGAAUGCUGAAGAUCUUUCCAAAAAAAAGGAAUUUAAAGACUUUGUACAGUCACUCCUCCCAGAAGGUGACAAGGAUGAGAUUGAUACACAGUUAAGAAAAGGGUUUUUACUGACACAGAAAAGGCAGAGAAAAAUUGCUAAGCAGGGAAAGAAAAAAGACAAUCAACUUCAUGGCAUACAACACCGUGGAAAGAAACGUUUGUCUGGCCGAGAAAAAAGAGAAUUAGGCCUACACAAAGUAAACAAGAACAAUAAGACUUUUGAAAUGUUUUUGCCCAUUAAUGAUAUGUGGAGAAGCUAUUCUAAAGAUCUCCUUGGGAUUGAACAUUAUAUAAAGAGUGGAUGGAAAGGAGGUUAUAAUGACAGUAGGACAGAAACUAUUCAAAACAAAUUAAGAAGAAUAGAGUAUUUUGGCUGCUUGGUGCGAGUAACCAAGUCACGUUGCUCAGAGUUUGUAGGCACCACAGGGAUUAUCAUUAAGGAAACAAAGAAUACUUUUGUAAUGAUCUCUCCAGAUGACAGAGUGAAAACUAUCCCAAAGCUGCACAGUGAGUUUAGCUUUGUAGUACAACAUAUUGGUUUUUCAAUAUCAGGGAACCAUCUUCAUCAAAGAUCAGUGGAAAGGGCAAAGAAUAACUUCAAGAAAUUACAACUAUGGUUGUAAUCAUUGCUAGUGUUGCUUUAUCAGAUCAUUUUAUAUUGCCAAAAACUUGUGGUAUUUCUGGAAUAAAGCUUGAAAUAUCA